AUGCGAAAGACAGCCAAUCCUCUCUCCCCCCUGCUCUUCCGAGCCGUCAGUCUUCUUUCGCUAGUUGCCUUGAUUGUGAGCAUCGUCGGAAGUACCGAAAAUAGCGACAUCACCCACGGCCUGGUAAACACCAAGACACAAGUUGCCCUGGUUCUCUUUUUGGUCACCUGGGUUGGGGUGUGCAUCCUAUUCCUCCUCGUUGCAAAUCGUUCCCAUAGCAUCGAGGACGGAGAACAUCGCCUACUCCUCGCAGUCGGAAUUUCACUUCCUUUGAUCCUCGUUCGACUGAUCUACUCAUUUAUCUAUUCUUUCGGCCACAAAUCUGACUUCAGCAUGCUUUCGGGAAAUGUCACGGUUCAGCUGGUGAUGUCUGUUUUGGAAGAGAUCGUUACUGUUCUCGUGUGUCUAGGAAUUGGUCUCACACUCCAAGUGCGACCAAGUCCGGAGUACUCCCACCAGCCUAGUGUUUCCGAUCGACAGAGUGACGCGAUUGAAAUGGAAAGUGGUGGCUAUCAGGAACAUCAAUCUCGCAGGAGGCAAAACCCACGGCCCAAGCGUCGUGGUGGUCCUCUGACCAAACUGGUGAUGUUCAUCGUAGAUGAGAUUAAUGACAGGAGGAAGUGA